GAGUGCAGCGGAUCUACACAUGGUUGCAAUCAAGUCUGUGUUGAAAUUUUUGGUUCCUAUAGAUGUCAGUGCAAUCCUGGGUACCGAUUAUCAAAUGACUCAAAAACAUGCACUGAUAUUAAUGAAUGUUUGGAACAAAAUGCUUGUAGUCAGCGGUGUGUCAACACAGCUGGAAGUUAUACCUGCGGUUGCAGAUCUGGAUUUACUCUACAACAAGAUGGCCGAACUUGU